AUGACGACCACCCGACCAGCGAAAAAGGCCGGCUCCUGGUAUGAGGAGGACCCGGAAACGCUACGCCUUGAGCUGCAGAGCUAUCUAACGGCAGUCCCGGAGAGUUUGGAUGGAGUUCCAGUGCCUGUUACCGGAGCUCGUGUGAUCAUAGCUCCCCAUGCGGGAUAUGCAUUCUCUGGGCCGUGUGCAGCUUGGGCUUAUAAGACCCUUGACCUGAGCCGUGCCAAGCGAGUCAUCGUCCUUGGUCCAUCUCACACUUACUAUCUCGAAGGAUGUGCAGCCACUAACUUUGAAAAGUAUGCAACACCAUUUGGCGACUUGGAUAUCGACCAGGAAGUGGUCAGAGAGCUCCAGGACGCACUAGAAAUGGAGAAUAUGCCCAAACGCCGCGAGAUUGAGGAACACUCUCUUGAGAUGCAUAUGCCAUAUCUUUAUCUCCGCUGUCAGGAGUCAUUUGACUCGCCUGACAAAUUUCCCAAGAUUGUGCCUGUUCUUGUAGGCAGUAACAACGGGGAUGAGGAGAAUAUUAUAGGACGAGCUUUACUGCCAUACCUCAAAGACCCGGAGAACGCCUUUAUAGUCAGCUCCGAUUUUUGUCAUUGGGGCUCUCAUUUCAGCUACCUACCCUAUUCACCUACGAAAAGUCCUUUUGAUCUGACGCAGUUGAGAAAGGAUGGCCCCAGACCCAACGGUCCCCCGAUUCACGAGACGAUUAGAGUCAUCGACGAAGCAGCCAUGGAUGCUGUAGAGAGCGGCGUUCAUCAAGAUUUUCUUGCCACUCUACGACAAACCCGUAAUUCGGUAUGCGGGCGACACCCCAUUGGUGUGGUGAUGGCAGCUCUGGAGCUCAUCCGACAAGAGGAUGCGUUCCAAGACAAGGGGCGAUUUAAUAUUAUCAAAUACGAUCGCAGCAACUUGGUCGAUAUUCCGAGCCAGUUCAGCGUUAGCUAUGUGUCUGCAUAUGCUAUUCUUUGA